CCCAGAUCACCGGCCGAAUGAGCUAAUCCGGUUCUGAGGUGGAGGCAAUCCUAUAGGCUAAAUAUUUCAAUUUGAUCUACCGUGGACAAGUUUCCUUUUUCUGCUUAUCCGCAGAGAAAAACUACGUAACACAGAUCUUGGAGCCGCUGCAUCUGACCAAGGGAAACCAUUUUUAAGGCUCCAAGAUUCUUGAUUGAUUUUGGAGUUCUUUUUCUUCUUUACUUGACAACAUGUCAUUCAGCUCUGAGAAGAAAGCGGAUGAAUUCAUACAGGGAAAUGCCGUUGAGAAAAUUGGCUCAGAUAUUGAAAAUGCGCAGGUCAUGGAAGCAAUCGACUACGAUUCCGUGUCGGCCAAGGAAGCGCGCGCUCUUUUGUGGAAAUUAGAUCUACGUAUUAUCCCAUUUUGUGGUGUACUUUAUCUUUGCUCCUUUUUGGAUCGAGUCAAUAUUGGUAAUGCAAAGUUAGCUGGUCUAGAAACGGACAUCAACUUGUCUCCAAGUGAUUACAACUGGUCAUUAUCCAUCUUUUUUAUCGGUUACAUUCUGUUUGAAGUGCCCUCCAACUUGAUGCUCAAGAAGAUUGGUCCUAGCAAAUGGAUUCCUAUUGUCAUGAUUGCUUGGGGUGUAGUCAUGUGUGCGAUGGCAGCGGUCAGUAACACGGCUGGGUUGUUGGCCAGUCGGUUCUUCCUUGGUAUUACAGAAGCCGGCUUGUUCCCAGGCAUUAUUUUCUAUCUUUCGCUCUGGUUUACCCGUGCCGAACAAGCGACGCGUGUUGCUGUCUUUUUCGGGUGCUCUACAUUGGCUGGUGCUUUUGGUGGUGUAUUGGCAUAUGGCAUCAUGCAAAUGGAUGGUUUGCAGGGUCUGCGUGGCUGGCAGUGGAUUUUCAUUAUCGAAUCUAUUCCCACCAUGCUGCUAGCCAUUGCAUCAUAUUUUGCGCUUCCGGAUUUCCCUGAAAAUGCUAAAUUUUUGAACGAACGUGAACGAGCCCUAGUCACUGCGCGACUUCGCAAAGAUGCUGGACCAUCGACUGAGAAGCAUUUCUCAUGGAAGCAGUUCCGCGCCGCGUUUUUGGAUUGGAAAGUUUAUAUGCAUGCCACCAUUUAUAUUUGUGGAUCGACCCCACUUUACAGCUUGUCGCUUUUCCUGCCCAGUAUUAUUAAUGGCAUGGGUUACACCGAUUUAGCCGCCCAAGCCAUGUCGGCGCCUCCCUACGCUAUUGCUUGUGUAUUUACUGUGCUUGUGGCCAUGCAUGCCGAUCGCCGCGUGGAACGUGGCUUGCACGUUGCUAUUCCUGCUUUUGUUGGUAUGGUCGGCUACAUACUGCUGGUGGUGCUGAAACACCGAGGUCCAACUGCAAUGUAUAUUGCUGCUAUUAUUACCACGACUGGCGUCUUUUCCCACAUUCCUGCCAUGUUGUCGUGGUUCACGAAUAACAUUGGUGGUCAUACCAAACGUGGUGUGGCUACUGCCUUCAUUAUUUCCAUUGGUAACGUCGGUGGAGCCAUUGGUGGCCAAAUUUAUCGCAGUGAUGAUGCUCCAUUCUAUUCUCGAGGACACGAAACAUGCAUCGGCUUGAUGGCGGGUGCAUGCGUACUAUCCAUCAUUUUCAAGAUCCUUUUACGCCGUGAGAAUAAGCGCCGUGAAGCGCUUACACCAGAACAACGUAUGAAGGAAUGCGAAGGCGAAGAUUUGUGCGAUUUGCAUCCCGAUUUCAGAUACAUCUCGUAAAUUAUUGUGUAUAUUUAAUUCACCUAUUCAUUCUCACUUUAUAAUCAUGUAUUCAUAUAUCUAACAAGCACCAAAGUGCCCAUUACUGAUAGCCGUACUCUUGUCUUGAGUAGCAUUUAAUAAAAUAACCUAAAGUUUAGGGAUCACCUCUUCUGAAGGAGACAGACCGGACAUCCUUG